AUGUCAAGCUGUCAUGUGACAUGUGAGUUGUUGUCGACAGGCGGCUUGCCUUCAGCUGCAGUCUUCAGACAGUGGCCCCACCAAACUACCACCAGCAUCAUCAAACCGACCAUGGAUCAUUACAACCGGCCGAAGAUUGGAACAGCUUCAUUCCUUUCGUGUGUGGCUAAUCUGUCGAACACGAUUCUUGGCACUGGGAUGUUAGCCAUGGCCCAUGGUUUUGCACAGGGAGGCCUCAUCAUCGGCUUCACCACAGUCAUCAUAUGUGGCUCGAUGGCCUAUCUAGGACUAUAUCUACUGUCGCUAUGCGCUGCCCAUCCGGCGAUUCCCCAACGGACUGCAUCCUUUUCCUCAAUCUCCAAACUCACCUAUCCACAGGCGUCAACCCUAUUUGACCUGGCUAUCGCUAUCAAAUGCUUUGGAGUCUCGAUAUCGUAUCUCUUGAUCUUCGGUAAAUUAAUGCCCCAGGUCAUCUUAAGUUUUAAAUCAACAAGCUCCUUGUUAUUGACUGAUGAAAACACUGAAAAUACGCUUUGGCUUCUUGACCGAAGGUUAUGGAUCACACUAUCAAUGCUCGUUCUCGUCCCAGUCUCGUUCCUACCGACCCUAGAUUCUCUCAGGCACAUCUCUUACGUCGCUCUAAUCGGUGUCUUCAACUUGAUCAUUGUCGUCAUCUUCAAGUUUUGUUUUUCAUCCGAUCCAUUGCCUUCGAAGUCUUCUGGGGCCGAAAUUCAUUGGAUCAAGCUCGAUCCUUCCUUCCUCACCGCUCUGCCACUCUUUGUUUUUGCUUAUACGUGCGCUCAAAAUAUAUUUUCAGUUCACAAUGAAAUGGUCGACAACUCGCCCCGUCAAAUGAAGACAGUUUUACUCACAUGCAUCGGGAGCGCCGUCGGAACAUAUGAAAUUGUUGGAGUCUUAGGAUACCUAACAUUCGGGUCAAAGGUUUCUUCGAACUUGAUCUCGGAUUAUGAAAGCUCAAUUUUCAUCUCGAUCUCAAGAUUAACGAUCUCGAUUCUAGUAUUAUUCUCAUAUCCCUUACAGCUAUUCCCCUGUCGGAGCUCACUCAUCAAAGUCCUGAAUCACAAACAUAGUCAAGAGUCUUCCCCAGAAAUCCACCAUGCCCCCCUUGCUACUACCAGUCAGGAUCUUGAACGUGAAGAUGUUCAAGAUUCGGUAGAAGUCGGAGACGAAGAUAUGCAUUUGGGAGAUGAACCGAUAUCUGUAAAGCUUUAUGUCGGCAUCACAGCCUUUCUCCUAUUAGGAAGCUUUCUCAUCGCGGUCAAUGUUGAAAGAUUAGAAACUGUUCUUGGAUUUGUAGGCUCAACCGGUAGCACCACGAUUUCAUACAUCCUACCAGGUUUAUUCUUUCGCAAGUUGUUUCCAAUUGGACUACCAUCAAGCCCAGAUCUCACCACCAACCCACAGCUAGAUCGCUACUUUGAUCAUCAGCAGACGACGGAGCAAGAGGCAACCGAAGGUUGUCCUGACAUCUUGCAUGAGCGUCAGCAGGUCGACGACUUGAUUGCGCCUCACCAGCUCGUCCUCUUGAGGAAACUCUCAUUCGCUCUUGUCGUUGCCGGAUUCGUCAUCAUGGUCGUUUGCUUUAGCCUGAAUAUCCAUGAUGCUUUCUUUUGA